AUGAAUAUUGAUGAUUUUGAGAAAUUAACAAGCCUAGGUCGAAGAUUCCGGUCACCGGAUCCUAUUGAGCCAAAUUUAAAUGUUGAUUUGGAAAAAGAACGACGACGUGCAGAUGAAUUUGACAAUGAUUAUAAAUCUUUAAAAAUAAAAUAUGAUGAUGUAUGUGAACGUAUUCGUAUAGCUACACAUCAAUUAGAACAUGUACAAAUUGUACUUGAAGAAACAUCACGUCGUUGUGAACAAUUGGAAAAAGAAAAGUCUGAAAUUAAUGCUCAAUCUGGAUAUCUUUCACAAAAUGUUCUUAAUGUAACAUCAAAAUAUAAAGAUAAAUUAAAUAUAAUUAAAGUUCGUUUAGAACAAGCAGAACGUGAAAGACGUGAAGUACAACUUCGUAAUGAAAAAUUUCAAAAUGAUAGACAACCGUUUGAUGUAAAAAAUGAUGGAAUACGAGAAAGUGUUAUAGUAACAAAAAUAUUUGAUGUUAAAAUUAUUCCAUCAGAUCAUUCAUUAUCGGAUGAAUAUGAAAAUCGAUAUUUAUAUGAAUUACAACAAGAACGAAAGACAAGAAUUCUAUGUCCUCAUUGUAAAUCAACAAAUUCAAUACAUUUACGAACAUGUUAUAUUUGUGAAAAUGUAUUAAUACCAACAUCGACAUCACCAGAAAAACGAACUUCAAUUUCAAUUCCAACAAUAUCAAAACAAACUAAUACAAUAAUGAUAACAUGUUCAAAAUGUUUUCGUUUAAAUAAUCCUAAUGCUCGUUUUUGUGAUUGGUGUGGUGCAUAUCCUGAACAUAUAUCUACAUCAAUACAAUGUACAAAAUGUCACACUAAUAAUGAUUCAUUUGGAAAAUUUUGUUCAACAUGUGGAUGUGUUAUUGAACCUCCAUUACGCAUUAGUGAUACACGUCUUAAAAACGAUUUGAAUAUUUCAUCUUCAUCAAUGAUUGCUAGUACAUUAACACGUAAUUCAGUUAAUCCUGUAUGGCUUAAUGCAAAUACAACAUUAACUAAUUAUCAUCAAUCAUAUUCAACAAUUAAAAAAGAAGCUGCAACACAAACAUAUGGAAUUUAUUAUCCAAGUGCAAAAGAUAUUGAUUUAAUUAUAACACAAAAUAAAAAGUUAUUAAAUGAAAAAGAAUUAAAAGAAUAUCGUCCAAUAUUAACAUCUACAAGUCCAGGAAAAGGAUAUUGGCGACAACAAUUAGAUCAUAUUUGUGCUCAUUUAAAAACUUAUGCAGUUAAUCGACCAGAUUUUCAAUCAUUGAUUGGUGAACCACGUAUGGGUAAUAUGAUUCAUGCAACUGUUCAUGAAAAUGAAUAUCAAGUAACUAUACAAACAGUAUUUCGUAAACCAGAAAAUCUGUCACAAUCACCAUUUUUUAUUAAUGAAACAAAUGAAUAUUAUCCAAUAAAUAGUGAACGAAGUUCACCAUAUUCAAAUACAAUUUAUUCUGAUAAUGAAUAUCCAAGAGAAAAAUCAGAACGAACAAAAGUAAAACAUCGUAAUAAAAAACGACCACAAUCAGCUAAUACUAUUACAAAAAAUAUUGAAAGUUCAACUCAUGCAUUAAUUCGAUUAUUUGAAAAAAAAAUAAUAAUUAUAAUAAAAAAAUCAUCACAUCAAAUCGAUAUAUUAAAAGAAGUUCAACGUAUAAUAAAAGAAAAAGCUGAUGUUAAUAUUAAAAAUAAAGAAGGUUAUACGGUUCUACAAUUGGGUAUACGUAAUGGAUAUUAUGAAUGUUUAGAAACGCUUAUUAUAGAUGGAAAAGCUAAAUUAGAUAAAAAAGGACCGUGAGU